CACUCCCUCACUGCUGGUCUAUUCUACAAAGAACUGAAAGUCAUCCAGUGAUCUGCCUGAUCUCAGAGCAGCUAGAGGCUCCAGCAGUUGGAGGGUAAUUAGCAAGAGCCACAUCCUUGCUCCUAUUACAAGCAGUCACACCCUCUGGCUCUCAGAGAUACACUGCAUUGAGAGACACUCCCUCACUGCUGGUCUAUUCUAUAAAGAACUGAAAGUCAUCCAGUGGUCUGCCUGAUCUCAGAGCAGCUAGAGGAAGCACCUCCAGUGGCCAUCUGAGGAGUGGAAAGUGGAGGUGUCCCUGGAGGCAAUGUUAACACUGCAUUUUCUCUGAAAAGGCAAUGUUUGCAUGAAAAUUCCUGAAGGUUAUCCUAAACAUGAGUCCUUGCUGUGGCCUCAUCAUCUCGUGCUCCAGGAAGCCAGUCCCCUUAAAAAGCAUCUUGGUGGAUGUUCAGGUGAGAGGCUUUGUGGCCGAUGUAUCUGCGACUCUCAAAUAUAAGAAUUUGGAGGAGAAUGCAGUGGAAGCGGUCUUUGUGUUCCCCAUGGAUAAUGAUUCUGCUGUAUACAACUUUGAAAUGAUGGUGGAAGGGAAGAAGAUCAUAGCAGAAAUUCAAGAGAAGAAAGAGGCUCACAAAACGUAUGAUGAAGCCAUCAGCCAGGGCCAACAGGCAUUCCUACUGGAGGAAGACGAGAGCGCUGGUGAUGUCUUCAGCUGCAGCGUGGGGAACCUGCUCCCAGGCCAGGAAGCUGAUGUGACUCUGUGCUAUGUGAGAGAGCUGCCGGUGGAGGCUGACGGAGCUGUGCGCUUUGUCCUGCCGGCCGUACUGAACCCGCGAUAUACUCCAAAAGAUCAGGACCCAAGCGUCACUACUGAUAUUCCACGUGUGCCAAUUGGAAAGAUACCAUAUACACUGUCUUUGGAUGCACAUUUCACUUCCUCUUAUGGGAUCUCCAAGAUUGAGUCUAACUGUGAGAUCACACCUAUCCAAUACACCAACGAUGAUAAAACAUCUGCCAAGGUAUCUCUGGCUGAGGGAUACAAGUUUGAGCGAGACGUAGAACUUCUUACUUACUACGCUGAGGUGAACAAACCUAGUGUGACAUUAGAGGCGGGGCUUUCAGAAGCCGAAGCAGGUUCCUUGCUGGCAGAGCCAGUAGUCAUGUUGAAUUUUUACCCCACCUUUCCGGUGAUAUCGGAGCAGUCAAACUGUGGGGAGUUCAUCUUUGUAGUGGACAGGUCGGGAAGUAUGGAUUACCCAAUGAAUUCAGAGGAAAAUUCACCAAUGCGGAUCCAGAGUGCAAAGGAGACUCUGAUCCUUCUGUUGAAGAGUUUACCACUGGGUUCAUAUUUCAAUAUCUAUGGUUUUGGGUCCAGUUUUGAGUCAUUAUUUCCGGAAAGCAUGGAGUACACACAGGUGUCGAUGGAUGAAGCUGUGAAAAAGGUUUCGGAGAUGGAGGCUGACUUGGGAGGAACUGAGAUUUUACAACCUCUACAGAAAAUCUAUAAAACAGCGGGCAGACCAGGGCAGCCACGCCAGCUCUUCGUCUUCACGGAUGGAGAAGUCGGGAACACAAAGCAAGUGAUAUCAGAGGUUCAAAAGAAUGCCGCCAAUCACCGGUGCUUUACAUUUGGGAUCGGUGAAGGAGCCUCCACGGCUCUGAUAAAAGGUAUGGCCCAAGCAGGUAAUGGUACGGCAGAAUUCAUCACCGGAAAAGAGAGAAUGCAGGGGAAGGUCCUUCAGGCCCUGAAACGUUCCUUACAGCCCAUAGUGAAGGACAUCUCUCUGCAGUGGACCCUUCCUACUGGCUUGAAGGCCACUCUGCUCUCCAGAACCCCCGAUGUCAUCUUCCAGGGUCAGAGAUGCAUUGUCUAUGCCCAAAUCACAGGAAAGGUGGAGGAUGCUUCAGAUGGGAAUGUUUGUCUUGAGUACAAAUUCAACGAAGAAACUUUCAAGAACACGUUACCAUUUUCUUUGAUCUUCUCAGACGUCAAGAGAUCAACCAUCCACCGACUUGCUGCCAAGACUUUGAUCUCCAAUCUGGAGAACGGAUUAGAAUCUGAUUCAGAUGAAGUGAAGAAGAGCAUCUUGGAGACCAGCAUCCAGUCUGGUGUGAUCUCCACUCUCACAGCCUACGUGGCCGUCAAUAAAGAAACCAAGCAGCCUGUGGACUGUCCUCCUGUGCGUUCGUAUAUCCCAACUCCAUUUUUAAUGAGCGGGGGCUCCUAUCCACCAGUGAGGAUGGCGGCUCGUGAUGCUCCAGGCCCAAAAAUGAUGGCUGAUGUUUAUUUGACUCCAAGUAAAGAAGUCAUUCCCCCAUUAAAGCCAGAGACCCCACCACUCUUCAGGCUGAUCUCUCUUCAGAAUGCCGACGGUUCCUGGAAUACCAGCUCAGAACUGGCUUCAGUUUUGGGAAUCUCAGAAAAGUUCAUGGAAACUUGCCCUCAAAAGAGUAUUGAUGCCUCAGUCUGGGCGACUGUUCUCGCUGUGAUCUGGCUUCAUGUUUCGUCCUCUGAGCAGCGAGAUGAGUGGGAGCUCCUGGAGGGGAAGGCUCUGUCCUGGGUCAAAUCCAAAGCAGGUUCUUCUUUGGGCGAACUGGUGAAAGCUGGGAAUGAGUUGCUGAAGUCUUCAGUAGAGCCGAAGGUUUUUGGACUGUGAGCAUCGUUCGUAGAGAGGAGCUCCUCCUCCAGUAUAGAAAGAGGCUGGAAUUUUGCAGAAGUUCAGAAUGUUAUUAGUAAAGUUCAAAGUUCCUACCAU